UGUAAACAACAAUCCUCGUCUGAUCGGAGAGAGCAGACAGAAACCCUAACACUGAAAAGUUUAUGAAGAUGUGUGAUAGUAAAGCAGAGCUGUGCACCGGGAAUAAUGCACUAUUGUUGAGUCGAAAUUCGCUUAGUGUCUUUUAGGUUUAAUAAACGACCAAACUCGAGAUAUAUAGCAUUAAAUACGGCGGCGGUAUGGAGGAAUACAGCACCACUGUUAGAAUAUCCGGAUACGUUUUAAGUUCAUUAAUGUUUCAACAUCUGAACAGUGACUGUGAUGUGGAAGGAUUAUUACUCGGCGAGAGUGUCGGAGAGGAGAAGAGCAAGAUCACUGACUCGCAGACGGAUCAUAUACAAUUCGUGCACACGAUAAAUAUUCAAAAACACAUCACAUGCAGGAGUACUCACAGCUUCUACAACAACAUCUGUGAAGUGGACAAAGAGAAGAUUAGGCAGGUUCUAUCCAAUCUCAAAGAGGAGAACGUGAUUGGCUGGUAUCGCCAGCGGAGGAACACCAGUCAGCAAAUGAGUCUAAAAGAGCAGCUGGUUCAUCAGAAUUUAAGGAAGUUGCUGCCGGACCAGGAACUCGUUUUCUUGCUGCUCGCGCCGUAUGAGGUGACGUUGUCUCGCUCCACACACCGCCUCGAGUACACAGCCUUCAUAUCGAACGGCAGUCAGUACAGUAGUAUCCCAGUCUCAGUGAGCAACCUGGGUACACUGGAGCAGCAGGAUUACUGGAGAGUCUCCGCUACCUGUCCUUCUCUGAGUCACUGUCAAACCAUAAAACAACACAGAGCCAAAUUCUUCUCCUCAGAGCAGGAUCUCAGAGAGGUGCAAAAAGUCAACGACAUGAACGACGCUUUGUUAGAUGAAAUGAAGAGUGCAUGUGUGAGAGUGGAGAAGAGCGAGCGGCGAGUGGAGAAGCUGCAGGCCGAGAUCGCCGAGCUCAGAGAGGCCGUCAGAGAGCGGAGGAAAAAACAGCAAGACAGUGAUGCCAAAGAAACCUCCCCGCCUGAAGAACCCAAGGAGAACGUCCUGCUGUGUGCAGCUCUGAAAGCACUGUUCCCCAACACGACGUCGCUGCGCAGCCAGACUCUGAGUGUUAAGGGUUUCCCUGUACUGCAAAUGUGCUGCACCGAGGACCACGGCAUCGACGUUCCCACCAAACUGCCACUUCUGUUGCUACAGUGUGGUCACACCGAGAGGAAGAGGAGGAUGAACUUAGGCUACGGACUAAAGGGGAAAUUUCAGUCCCCAGGCGUUUCACGGAAAGAUAAAAAGAGAAAGGUGGACACGGAGCUGAGCGAGCCACUGUCUGAAAGCGGGUCUGACACAGAGGUGGAAGUGAGCAGCCCGAACCAGAGCAACUCCCCGGUGUUUUAAAGACUUGUUUAGAGAACAAGAACUCAAACACCAAUGACAGGCUGUUGUGAUGAAGCAGAACCACUGUUCCCACCAUGUAGUUGUUUAUUUUCCUGUAACAGCACAGCCAUGAGGGUUUUAUUCCUCCUAUACCACUGCAAUUUGCCAAACAUUAAAUACUUUUUUUCCUGUCAGCAUUUAUGGUGUAGCAGCUGUAAAAAAUAUUGUUUUCGUAUGCAUUUAAGUGGGAAAAAUCUCUGUUUGUUUGGGUGAAUUUGUAAUAAUUUUACUUAAAAAAAAAUUUUACACCUUCAUGUUCUACUUCAUGUUUAGUUUGUUCACUCGUAGCCCAUGGUAUGAGCUCAAUGAAACACUCAGUCAUCAUGUGGCCUUAUUCUUUUAUUAAACAUCAACAGGUCACAGUUCUGAAAUGUUGCCUGAAUAAUAAUGAAUAAAUUGUAUUAAAUUGUC